GUUCCCUGUUGGGAUAUCUGAGGAUAGUGGGUGUGGACCCGUCUAGCGCUGGUUCUUGGCUCGCGGGAUGGCGAAAAGCCGAGGGACAGGUUAGAUGUCUCUGGAAGCCAUGCCUCAGCUAUGAAGAGACUUUUCUGCUUCGGGAGGAGGAGGAGCGAUCCGUCGCCGAGCGCCGGCAGCCCGCGCGGGGACGGCGCGGGUCGCAGUACCUCCUUAGGGACCGAGACCUGGGCAAGAUCCACAGGGCCGCCAGCCGCGGCAAAGUGGCCAAAGUACAGCACAUCCUGUUGCUGGGGAAAAACGGGGUGAAUGAUAAAGACAAGGACUGCUCUGCAUCUGGCCUGUGCCAAUGGCCAUGCAGAAGUGGUAACUCUCCUGGCAGAGCGAAAGUGCCACCUGAACCUCUGUGAUGGUGAAAAUAGGACAACUCUGAUGAAGGCCAUCCAAUGCCAGGAAGAGGAAUGUGCAACCAUCCUGCUACACCAUGGUGCUGACCCAGAUAUUGCAGACGCCAGUGGCAACACCGCUCUCCACUAUGCUGUCUGUGGUCAGCACAUACUGAUAGCAGCCAAACUGUUUCCCACAAGGCAAACAUUGAGGCAAGAAACAAGUAGAAGAAAAUCAUAGCAUUGUGAGACCAAAAAAUAAAACCUUGUUAGAGGACAAUAGUUCUGAUAGUGAACAUAAAGAUGUGGUUGAAACCC